AUGGCCUCCACGAUGCCGCACCGCAUCGCGCUGCUCCUGCUCCUCCUGGCGUCCACGCGCGCGGCGACCGCGGCCGGCGCCGGCGCCUGCGCGGCCGAGAAGUUCCCGGCGGGGAAGACGUACGCCAAGUGCGAGGACCUCCCGCAGCUGGGCGCCGCGCUGCACUGGACCUACGACGAGGCCAAGUCAUCGCUCUCGCUGGCCUUCGUGGCGGCGCCGGCGGGUACCAACGGGUGGGUGGCCUGGGCCCUCAACCCCACGGGCGAGGGCAUGGCCGGCGCGCAGGCGCUCGUGGCGCUCAAGGGCUCCGGCUCCGCCGCGCCCACCGUCAGGACGUACAACAUCACCGGCUACGUGCCGCUCGGCAAGGCCUCCACGCCCAUCGCGUUCCCGGCCACCGACCUCGCCGCCGACUCCGGCAGCGGCGGCAAGAUCCGGCUCUACGGCAAGCUGCAGCUGCACAGCGGGAUGAAGGCGGUGAACCACAUAUGGCAGGUCGGCACCUCCGUCACCGCCGGGGCCCCCGACAAGCACGCUUUCGCCGCCGGCAACCUCGCCUCCAAGUCCAAGCUCGUCCUCUCGGGCAAAGCGGCCUCCGCGACCUCGCCUUCGCCGGCGCCCGCCCCCAUGGCCGGUGGGCCGUCCGGAUCGGCCGGCAGCGACGGCGGCGCGUCGGCGACCACGGCGCCUUCCGCCGGCAAGUCCCCGUCGGGCGCGGCCGCGGUCGGCGUGUCGGCGCCGGCACUCCUUGUGCUCGCGUUGAUGGGACUCCUCGCGGUAGUAUGA